AUGAAUAUGGAAAUGCCUACUUACAACACCAUUAAACCCGAAGGAUUGCUUCCGGUGUUCAAUUCUUCUCUAGUUUUCAAUUGUGUUUCCUACACUAGUGGUGCCGGUAAAAAUAAGAAAGAGGCUAAACAAUUGGCGGCUCGUACUGUUAUUUUGUCACUUUUGGGUACCUUGACUACAUUUAAUGGAGAGAGUUCUUAUGAUAUCAUUAAAUCUAAAGUCAAGCUCUAUACUGCGUUGCAUAAGGUUAGUAACCUUAGCACCGUUCCUUCAAUGGCAAACACGACGCAAUGUUCUGAGGGCGUGCCUGGUAAAGAUGUUGGAGCUGAAGCCAGUUUGGCUACUAACAAUGCUCUAAAAGCUACUAGUAGUCUCCCAACAGUUGUUGAUAAUGCUGCGGUUGGUGCCGUUCCCGACUCUGGAAAUGGGGUGCCAACAUACUCUAGAAAUAGGCCGCCAAAGCAUGAAUUCAAGGCACAAGAGCCAGAACAUUCUUUUGGAGCAAACAAUCAACAUGAGCCAGCCUCCCAAGCAACUAAAUUACCAAUUCAAUUUGUGCAUCCAACUUCUGCACUCUCUAUGGAAAAUGGUCCAAGUUCAAAGAAUGCUAAUAAGAGAUUGUGCACUAGUGCUCGAUGA